AUGUCUUCUAUUUUUGACGGUUGUUAUAUUACAUUUUCUGGUGUGUUUACCGAAGGUAACCAUACGCACCUCACUUCCAUUAUUAUUAAACAUGGCGGAAAUGUUGUUCAAAAUUUAUCCAAAAAAUCUACUCAUUUAAUAGUCAAUGAAGAAGACUAUAAAAAGGGAAAUUCAAAGGUCUUCCUUGCUAAAAAUAAAUUUGCUGAUCAAGUAUCAAUUGUUACUUGGAAAUGGGUAGAAGCUUCUAUUGAGAAAAAUGUAAAAUUGGAUGUAUCAGAUUAUGUUCCAUCAGAUGAUACUGAGGAUACUGAUAUGGAUGACGCGAACGAGAACUCUAUUGUAACUGGAAAACGUAAUAAAGAUGAUGAGGAAAAUGAUCAAGUUGAUGAUGUCAGGCCUUCGCGAAAACGUAGACGAACUGCUAAAAAUGAUAAUGAUAAUGAUAUGUCUCAGAUUUCAACCACAGAUGUUGCUACAACUAAUAUCGUCUCUACGACCUCGACUUCUUCGAAAAAGAGAAAAGGGAAGAAAACUGAUAAAACUACUAAGGGUUCUAUUAAUAAUCAAGAUCCGAAUGAUAGCGAUCAGGAUGACAAAGUUGCCAAAGUUGCGGUAACACAUAUUGUCGAGGAGAAAAAGAUGGUUAAAGUUGUGAUUAAGGGAUAUGGUUCUAAAGGUCAAUCAACUACUUUUGGUCCAACAACAAUAUUGGAUAAUGCAAAAAUUGAAUUCUCCAAAAAAUUUAAAGAAAAAACUGGUAAUGAUUGGUCUAUCGUAUGCAAGGAUAUCUCUAAAUUUGUUCCAAAGAAUAAUAAAUAUACUUUUUUAAACCGCGACUAUACCUUGGAUGAUGAGGAUAAAAAUGAUGAGAGUCAAAAUAAAAAGAAAGCUAAGAAUAAAGAAAAGGAAGAACCUAUACCUAUUCCAGAAUCUAAUCUUCAUCCAAAAGUUCAAGAUAUCAUGCAAAUGAUAUUUGACGUUAAUCAAUGGAAAGAGUCAAUGAAGGAAUUAGAAUAUGAUGCUGCAAAAUUACCUUUGGGUAAAAUUGCAAAAAGUACUAUUAACCAAGGAUAUAGUGUACUUAAACGAAUUGAAGCCGUGGUUAUGGGAAAUUCUAUCGAAAGUCUGGAAGAAUUGUCUAAUGAAUUUUACACUGUAAUCCCACACUCAUUUGGCAUGCGAAAACCACCUAUCAUUAAUAACAUAAACUUACUCAAAGCUAAAAUGGAUAUGGUUGAAAUAUUGGGAGAAAUUGAAAUAGCUUCUACUUUGAUUAAAGGAUGUGAUGAAGCUAUCAAUCCAUUGGAUGCUCAUUAUAAAUCUCUUAGAUUAGGAAGAAUGGAGCCUUUGGAUCAUAAUUCUUUAGAAUUCAAAAUGGUGGUCGAUUAUGUUAAGAAUACACAUGGAGCUACACAUAAUCAUUUUAAACUUGAGGUUAUGGAAGUGUUUGAUUUGGAACGUCAAGGUGAAAGAGAAAGGUUCGAGCCAUAUUCCAAAUUGCAAAACCGAGCUUUAUUAUGGCACGGAAGCCGUAAAACUAAUUUUGCUGGCAUCUUAAGCCAAGGAUUACGCAUUGCGCCUCCGAGUGCUCCUGUUUCUGGUUAUAUGUUUGGGAAAGGUGUUUAUUUCGCAGAUUCCGUAUCAAAAUCUGCUCAAUACGUUAAUAAUACUAGUAGAGAUAACAUUGGCCUCAUGCUUCUCAACGAGGUUGCUUUGGGAAAUAUGCUUGAGCUGGACUCUGCAGAUUUUGAUGCAGGAAUAAAAGCGAAGAAAGCAAAUUUUCAUUCUGUUAAAGGUUGUGGAAAGAAUGUUCCUGAUAUGAAAUGCUUCAUUAAGCUGAAUAAUGGUUGCAUUGUACCAAACGGAAAAUUACAAGAACAACAUAGUGAUAAAUAUCUUUACUACAAUGAAUAUAUCGUUUAUGAUGAAGCUCAAAUUAUGCAGAAAUAUUUGAUCAAGAUGAAGUUUCAUUAA